UUUCAUCGGGUGUGGACAUCUCUCUCUCGCUUGUGUAUCAGUGACAAAUUUCCACCGUUCUCUCUGGGACGCUUGUCCUCAUCUAUUUUGCCCACCGGGCACCUGUACAUCGGCUUACUGUAGCCAGCUCCAUUUUUUUUCCGUCCUGCGGAAAAUUCUUUAAUGGUCUUUGGUGGGAAGCCGGUUACUGAACUCAGGUGGGAAUGUAGGCGUCCCUCUCUGCUGGGGCUUGGCAAGGGGGUCCACCGGAUCUAAGUGGAAACUUCAAGUUUCUAUCUCUAUUUACAAAGGAACUUUUGUUCCUUUUCUUUCAUCGCCCAGCCUUAGGCAACAAAUCUUCCUCGUACCAUCGAGAAACCGGGUUCGAUACGGCGUAUGCUGUUAGUGGCCCUCAUAAACCAAACAACAACAACAUUCUUCUUCCACAAUGGCUGUCUUAACGUCUUAUAUAAGCUACAUUAUACAAACCAGUGCUGCUCUUGAGAGAAGAGGAGCCUUGAGACUAUUACAGAAAUGGCCAAAAUCUUCAAGCUGUAUUAUAAAUCAUAGAGUCUUUUCUGCAUUAAACCCAAGGAGUCAACCACCUAAGAAGGAGUCAAAGAAGACGAAGUCAGUAGUAUCAUGGAAAUCUCUCCUGGUCGCAGGAAUUGUUGGUUCUAGUCUCUUGGGCUUCAUGAUGUAUGUCAGAUCAGAGAAAGAAUUAGCUUUAGCAAAGGAAAGGAAGAGAGCUUUAGGGAAGGCCAGCAUUGGUGGAAAAUUUGAUUUAAUCGACCAUAAUGGCACUCCCAGAAAGAGUGAAGAUUUCUUAGGCCAGUGGGUUUUACUCUAUUUUGGCUUCACACAUUGUCCAGAUGUCUGUCCAGAUGAGCUGGAGAAGAUGGCCACUGUAGUUGACUCUAUAGAUGCAAUGGAGAAUGCAAAGAACAUUCAGCCACUGUUCAUCACAGUGGAUCCACAAAGAGAUAGCCAGGAGGCCAUCAGAAAGUAUUUAAGUGAAUUUCAUCCCAAGAUGUUAGGACUGACAGGGUCAGAUGAGAAGAUUGCAGAGGCGUGCCAUGCUUACAGAGUGUAUUUCAGUGCUGGACCCAGGGACGACGAUGAUGAUUAUAUAGUGGACCAUACUAUCAUCCUCUACUUAGUGAAUCCAGAUGGUGACUUUGUGGACUAUUAUGGACAAAACUCAACUGCAGACCAAGUGACUGCCAGCAUUGCUUUCAAUAUGAAGAAAUUCGAGGAUAUGAAAAAGAAUUUCUUUAGUCGCCUCUUGUAGUUUUAGGAGGAUAGUAUGUAAUGUCGUAAUGUUGUAUAUUUACUUGAUGCAUAAGUUUUUAAUUAAUAAAAAAGAAAAGGGUUAAAAAGA